CAGAUCUGCGUCCAGACACGCCAGAUGGAGACAGUCGGAGCGGAGGGAAUUAGCACACAGCAUCAUAAUUCUUUCUGAGAAAAACGCAGGAGGAAGGAUUUGGAUACAGCAUUUCAUCGAGAACGUUUAAAUGGAUUCCGGUUGUUUUAACGCGGCGCAGCGUAUUUCGUGCCACAACAUGAACGCGGAUUUAUUCAAGCCUGUCCCGGAGCGCGGACACCACCAGUCCUCCGCCGCGACGAAGAACAGCAGGAAUAAACCCGAGCACGGCAAACCCGAGCUGGCUCAGGUGGUGACGGACCCCAAGACGGGAAGGUCCUACAGCAAAGGGAAGCUUCUGGGCAAGGGUGGCUUUGCACGAUGCUAUGAGAUGACAGACCUGUCCAACAACAAAAUGUAUGCUGUGAAGGUGAUUCCUCAGAGCAGGGUCUCCAAACCACACCAGAGGGAAAAGAUUACGAAUGAGAUCGACCUGCACAGGUCCCUGUCGCACAAGCAUGUAGUGAAAUUCUCCCAUUAUUUUGAGGACCAUGAAAACAUCUACAUAUUCCUGGAGCUCUGCAGUCGCAAGUCCCUGGCACACAUUUGGAAGGAGAGACGCACUCUGACGGAGCCAGAGGUGCGAUAUUACCUCAGACAGAUCAUAUCCGGACUGAAGUACCUCCACAACCGGGGGAUCCUGCACAGAGACCUCAAACUAGGUAACUUCUUCAUCAACGAGAACAUGGAGUUGCGGCUUGGCGAUUUUGGCCUCGCUGCCAAGUUGGAGACGGUUGAACAGAGGAAAAAAACCAUCUGCGGAACUCCAAACUACUUGGCCCCCGAGGUGCUCAACAGGCAGGGCCACGGCACGGAGUCGGACGUCUGGUCGCUCGGCUGCGUCAUGUACACGCUGAUGUGCGGCAACCCUCCCUUUGAAACGCUCGACUUGAAAGAGACGUACAAGUGUAUAAAAGAAGUCCGAUACACUCUCCCCUCCACAAUUUCCCCCGCUGCACAGAAACUCAUCUCUAGCAUCUUGCAGAAAAACCCCAGCGACAGACUGACUCUGGAUCAAAUUCUCAACCAUGAAUUCUUCUCCAAAGGUUUCACCCCUGACAAACUCCCUCCCAGCAGCUGUGUAAUGGUACCAGAGCUCCAUCCGCCAAGCCCUGCCAAGAAGUUCUUCACUAAAAUGGCAAAGAGCUUCUUUGGCAAGAAAAAGGCAAAAGCAGAGAAGAUUCCAUGCGAGGAAAAAGACGACAAAGACAUUUCCAAGCUGGUGUCGGGCAUCGUUAAGUGUUCCAUCAACAGGCAGAUAAGCUACAAAACAGUGGGAGCCAAUGAGGGACCUUCUCCUGGUGAUCAGCUGGUCAGUCCCAUGCCUCUCGAACAAACUCCUGCUGAGGAGGAGUCCAGAAAGUCAAUCUCCCGCUCCUUCAAGGGAACCAUGGCCAGCAGCACCGAACCCUGUGAGGAUGUCCUGACUCCUGCUGCUGUGGCUGAAGCUGCCAUGAAGGAGCUGAAGAACUGCCUGGCCAACAUGCCUGCAGCUACCAGAAACCCGCCUUGCUUGUCCCGGCCUCAGUCCUUCCUUUGGGUCACAAAAUGGGUCGACUACUCCAACAAAUAUGGUUUUGGAUACCAGCUCUCCAACCAAAGCAUCGGCGUGCUCUUCAAUGAGGGAACGCAUCUCAGCCUCUGUGACCAACGCAAGACGGUUCACUACUGCUUGACCAACAACAAACACUUCACAUUCCCAACCCAGUCGCUACCUGAGCAGCUUCGCAGCCAGAAGCAGAUUGUUGAACUCAUGGCCAACUACAUGGAACAGAACUUGAUGGAGGGUGGCGAUCUUCCUUGUGAGGAGCAAAGCUCCGGACCCCCUCCUCUGCUGCUUCAGUGGGUCAAGACCGACCAUGCUCUUGUCAUGCUCUUCAACAAUGGCACCCUGCAGGUGAACUUCUACACCGACCACACAAAGAUCAUCCUGUGCAAGUCGUCCGACGACGCCUACCUGCUCACCUACAUCAGCCGGGAGCGCGUCUCGUGCACGUACCUCCUCAGCAUGCUAAAUGAGAUGGGCUGCACUGCUGAGCUACGUCACCGACUCAGAUAUGUGGUCCAGCUGCUCCAACACCACACUGACGCCUGAGAACAGAGCUCUCGGUCUUACAGGCUGAGUGGCAGAUACUUAAGAAGCAGCCAGACCGGUUACUGACUUUGUUUUUUGUUUUUUUUUUCUUUGUUUCCCUUACUUGGCCUUUGCUCGUUUUUGUUUACUUGUUUUUGUUAAGGCAGUGCAGAGGGCAGGUGAAGCCUGUUUUUAACUGAAAACCUGCUCAAUUCGACUGAGUGACAAUCUUUCCUGGACUCCUGUUGCCAGGGUGAUUGGUUUGAAUGACCUUGAUGACAUUGAGCGGUGGUGAAGUUACCCAAAGAAGCGUCUGCCCGAAGGGUUUGUGCCUACCAGUUUUUGCCUCCAAAAGGUAUCCACCUGGAAGGUUUUGAUACCUGAAAGAAGAGAUUAGUACCUUGUCUGAAACGAUGGAAGGCGUACAUGAAGACCCACUUAACUCUCCUUUACUCACUCAGAACCGUUGCUUCUCGAUGGAUCUUUGUGCACCAAUGACCCUGCAGCCGUUCAGCUGAUUGACUGUGCAGGCACGGUUUCUCAAAGGUUCCUAAACACUAAAACAAAACUGUUCAAAUCGCUUGCAAAUGAAAAGGGUUGAUCUUGUGGUUGAAAUGCGGUGAGGCUCUGUUUU